GUAAAUAUUAUGUAUGAUAACUCCCCCUAUCGCUCAGCGCAGUUGGUUGGGUCUGUUGCCGCUGUGUGCUGCUCUCCUUCCUGAAAGACACUUGCAUUGGAGCCGCGGAUGUCGCUGCAAACAGGCUGUGACAAGUAAGAAGAAAUCCCAAGAUUCCUGAAGAUCUCGUCAACUCCCACAUGGCAGUAAACCACUCCCUUGAAGAUUAAACCAAGUGUAUUCAGCCCCAGAGCGUUACCCUCGUAGAUGCCGCUCAGUCUCCGUCUUUGCAAAUGGCUUGCUGCUUGAAGGACGAGCUCCUUUGUUCCAUCUGCCUCAGUAUCUACCAGGACCCCGUCAGCUUUGGCUGUGAGCACUACUUCUGCAGGAAGUGCAUCACUGAGCACUGGAGCAGGCAGGAGCUUCACGGAGCGCGGGACUGCCCUGAGUGCCGGAGGACCUUCACCGACCCCCUCCUCUCACCGAGUCUCAAGUUGUCCAACAUUGUGGAGCGCUACUCGGCCUUCCCGCUGGACGCCAUCCUCAACGCCCAGAGGAGCUCCUACCCCUGCAAGGACCACGAGAAGGUCAAGCUUUUCUGCCUCACUGACAAAAGUCUGGUGUGCUUCUUCUGCGACGAGCCGGCGCUACACGAGCAGCACCAAGUAACCACUAUUGACGAGGCUUACGAAGAGAUACAGAGGGAGAUGAAGGAGCAGCUGGCCACCCUGCAGGACAGUGAGAAGGGACACACUGAGGCCCUGCAGCUCCUGCAAAGACAACUUACUGAGACCAAGUCCUCAGCCAAGAGUCUGCGUGCAACCAUUGGUGACGCAUUCGAGCGUCUUCACCGCUUCCUGCGCGAGCGUCAAAAGAGCAUGCUGGAAGAGCUGGAGAUGGACACGGCCCGCAAGCUGGCCGACAUCGAGCACAAGAUCCAGCGCUACAGCCAGCAGCUGCGCGACGUCAAGGAGGGCAUCCAGAUCCUGCAGGAGCGCCUCAACGAGACAGGACGACACGACUUCCUGGAGGGAGUUGCUGUCACAUCUGAGAGGAUUAAAGGGAAGAUACAUGAGACCAAUCUGACAUAUGAAGACUUCCCGACAUCCAAGUACAUGGGGCCCUUACAGUACACAAUAUGGAAGUCGCUCUUCCAGGAUGUCUCACCAGUGCCAGCAGCGUUGACCCUCGAUCCCAUCACAGCCCACCAAAGACUGAUCCUCUCGGACGACUGCACCAUAGUGGCCUACGGGAAUCUCCAUCCGCAGCCUCUGCAGGACUCCCCGCGCCGCUUUGACGUGGAGGUGUCUGUUCUGGGUGCAGAGGGCUUCAUGUCAGGUGUCCAUUACUGGGAGGUGAUGGUGUCGGAGAAGACCCAGUGGAUGAUCGGUGUGGCUCAUGAGACAGUCAGCCGCAAGGGCAGCAUCCAGAUCCAGCCCAGCCGCGGCUUCUACUGCAUCGUCAUGCACGACGGCAACCAGUACAGCGCCUGCACCGAGCCGUGGACCCGCCUCAACGUAAAAAGCAAGCUGGAGAAGGUGGGGGUGUACCUGGACUACCACAAAGGCCUGCUCAUCUUCUACAAUGCAGACGACAUGUCCUGGCUCUACACCUACCGGGAGAAAUUCCCCGCUAAGGUCUUCCCCUACUUCAGCCCGGGCCAGAGCCACGCCAACGGCAAGAAUGUGCAGCCGCUGCGAAUCAACACUGUACGCCUUUAAGAGCUGCACACAUCUUUGGUCGCAAUUGUCCUGACAGAUAAUUCACUUGUGUAGGUUUCAAAAAAUGUUCAAGAAAUCAGUUUGUGUUUAAUAGGGUGUUUGAAAUGUUUAUUUGAGUUUCAGUUAAAACUCGUGCUUGAUGUUGCUCUUAAAACCUGCGCUGUUAUUUUUGUGUGACUUGAAACGACCAUACGACAAUGGCCUGCACUUGAGCCUCAUUCCACGUCUUUAAUUGAAAAGAUGACACUAAAUGCAGACAGAGGGACCCCUGGGCUACUGUGGGGUCUGUGGCAGUGAUGUUUAAAAAAAAAAAAAAAAAGUGAUUCCCAGGCCCACCUUGCACACUCCCAGGGGGCAACGCUCUCCUUAUCAAGCUCCAGGCUUGUCAGACUUGGCGUUCCCUCUCUGUCCACGCCAGAGGACACUGAAGACUGGUCACUUGUCUUCUCUGUGCUGUACAGUUGGCUUAGCUUUGUGUGUGGAAUGUGAUUGACAGCACUCGGCUCCUUUUUUUUUGUUUUGGCUUUUGUUCGGCCAGCAGUCCACCCUGAACUUGUCAAGUCUGUUCGCACUUUUCACUUCAUGUCUGAGACCAUUAUCUAGGUUCCCCCUGCAGGUCACAUUGGCCCUGUUAACACCUGGUAUUAAGAUGCAUCUUGGGUGAUGGAUGACAAGUGGACAGCUCCAAGUGCAGGUGUGAAUGUACCAAAUGCUUCCUUAAUGUGUCUUGAGAUCCGAUCGUUCAGACCACUUUCUGAGAUUGUGUUAGCCGCAUGUGGCCACAGUCUUUCAGCAGUGUGUAUAUCCUGGGCCACAUGGAAGGACCACAUACAAGGGCUGCAAAAAAAUCAUAUUGCGAUUAUUCUAACACGUAUUUUGAGUGCCUCAUUUGUAAUGGCAUGUUGUGACACAUUUUAACCUUCAUCUAACAAAUAUGCAACUCCUGCAAUUUGGAUGUUGCACUUGGCCAUGUUGCGAUUUUGAUAAUAACUUGAUUAACUGUGCAAUCCUACCACCAACUCGACUGAUGUCCUUGCUUAUUUGACACCCCACCGAAUAAGAGAACUUUCUGUUGUUGCAGUUACAGAGAUGCAGAGCUGAAGGGCCGUAUCUGGAGCAUCUCUCCUGCCAGUUCAGCGUCUGCCUGAUUAGCAUGAGCUAAUGCAGCAGCAGCAGCAGCAGCAGCUGCUAAAUGGUCACAACAAACUCUCACCAACACCAAAACAGCUUAACUCUUAAACCAGUUAGUGACUGCUAGGUAACAUUAGUCGUGUAAUACUAGCCAUUAGCCCUGUCAGUGUGUGUGUGUGUUGCCAGGCAGACUCUCACCAUCUGUAGCAUGAAACUCACACUCCUGCAGACGUAGUCUUUUAGCGGCGCUUGCCUCAUGAUAAAGAGACAGAGAGGGUGAGGAAUAGCUGCAUAUCAAUAUGCUACAUGUGGCCCUGCAAUUAAAUCAGAUUUUUAUAGUCGUUUGAGAACGUUAUUGAGAGGGAUUACUUUUGUGACUCUGCAUAGCUUGCCUUCAAAUAGCAAAGGCUGUAAGUAUGCACUUAGCAUGAGGAACCUUAUGUGCAUUAGAAACUACGACACAUUUUGUCUUUGUAAAUGGAAAUGAUUCACUUGUUUGUUUCCAAAUAGAUCAGGGAAGUGAGAUGCGCUCAGAAGUGGUCACUUGAGAUGCAUUUGGAGACACAUUCUAAUGUCUGGUUUGAGCUGUCCGCUCAUGAUCCAAUCACCCAAGACACAUGUUAAUACCAGAUCCAAACAGGCUCAUCCACGUGUGUCUGUUCAGUCUUCAUCAUUGCAAGGAAAGCUGUUGUUCUUUGUGCACCAGCGAUUAUCCAUGUCACCAAGAAAAAUUAAAUGAAUCUAAAAGGAAUCCAUAGGCUGCCCAUCCUUGUCCACUGCUCAGCCCUACCCACAAGUGGUGGGAAAGUCUGUUUGGAGGUGGAGGUCGUCCAGAAAUAUGCUGCUACUGAUGGAGUAAGGACUUGCAUGUUUGUAUAUAGAGUGUCAAGGGUUAAAAGAAGUUAGUCUCUCAUCACGCUGCUGGCUCAUGUUUAAGUUUCCGUUCCAAAGCCACAAGUAUGCUCGCCAUCAGCAUAUGCUAUAUAUGUAUCUGUGGGUUGUCUUUUUGUCCAUUUCAGUGUUGAAUUCAAGCACAGCUCUGCUUUCAGUCAUGUUUGAUCAUUUUGUCUUCAAAUCAAAAGAAUAUUAAAUCAUGCUGUCUGAGUAAAAGCUUCUCAGAUGUAAAAAAAAAAAAAAAA